AUGACGGUGACAGUGGGUAUCCUCUCAAUAGGGGACAUGGGAGUGGGAAUUGCACGUUUACUAAACGCGAAUUCGUACCGUGUCGUUACAGUUGGAACUGGGAGGAGUCAAGAUACGCUAGAUCGCAUCCAAGCAGCCUCCAUAGAAGCACUGCCUACAGACCAAGACCUAGUUAUUCAAUCCGAUUACAUUCUCUCCAUUGUGCCGCCGCGGGACUCCCUGGCGACGGCGCGACGGAUCCUGGAAGCGUUGAACUUACCGGAUACGCUCUCCAAGAGGAAGGCUCAACAGCAUGGUGCUUCGGAGAAAGUGUACUUUUUCGAUCUGAAUGCGUCUUCUCCUCGACUUAUGCGGGAGAUUGACGAUUUAUUUUCCAUGCCUUCUGCGACAGGAGAAACGAUUGUCCAGUUUAUAGAUGGAGGUAUCAUAGGCGGACCUCCAUCGUACGACGAGAUCGAUCAAAAAUGGAAGAAGCCUAGUAUCGUCCUCUCCGGCCCUGUGGACGAUCUUCCAUCUUCCUUCCAUACACUACUACAAUCGACACUAAACAUGACACUCGUCGGAACCAAGAUUGGUUCCGCGUCAGCGCUCAAACUCUCCUUUGCAUCACUCACCAAGGGACUAACAGCUUUGUCGUUGUUGUCGUUCACAACCGCGCAAACCGAGGGCGUCCUGGCUCAUCUUUUACAGCAUCUGGAGGACUACUCCCCAAAAACAGGCGCAUUGGCUGCUGCAGGAGUCGUGGGGAUGUCACCCAAGGCGUAUCGAUGGGUUGAGGAGAUGCGGUCUAUAGGUGAGGCGUUUGAUACAGAGGGCCAUUGGGGUAGUCUUGGAGGGAAUGUCUUUGAUUCCUUUGCAGAGGUAUAUAGACGAGUUGCUGAGGAGACGGUGUUGGGGCAGGAAAAGAUUGGGAGACGAGAAAGGGGGAGGUCGGUUGAAGAUGUCGCUGAUAUAUUGGCGCAGGCCAACGCAGCCAUAGAUGGAUAAUUGAAUACGACCCUGAAUAUAAGGUACAUCGAGGUACAUGAC